AAAAGAAUAAAAAUAUCUAAAACAAUGAUAUUUUCAUAUUCUCUACCCAAACAAAUUUGGUUUCCUAUUGUGGCCAUGCAAUUCCUCAUCAUACAUAGUGUAUUGUCACUGAACAUUACCAAUGAGUAUCUCACCCACAAAUGCUUCCUUAAUCAAGGAAAAUAUAACUCUGGAAGUGGUUAUGAGGACAUCCUCAACAUUCUCUUCGGUAGAGUUCGUACUGAUGAUUAUGAUAUAACCGGUUUCAGAUACACAAGUAAGGAAACAUCUCCUCUUGAUUCUGCUUCCGUGAUGCUCCAGUGUCGUGGUGACUCUUAUGGGUCUAAAUGCAAUACAUGCGCUGACAUCGCAGUCACAGGGUUUCUUAAAAGAUGUCCAAAGAACAAAGGAGGAAUAAUAUGGUACGACCAAUGUUUUCUCUAUGUUACUGCGUUCGAUGAUUCGUUGAGACUUAAAACUAAUUACAAGAAUAUUUUUUCUAUGUACAACCCAAAAAACGUGAGAGGGGAUGGAAAAUUGUUUGCCAAGAAGACGAUGGAUUUUUUCUCUGAACUAACACUUAAAGUGAAGAAAUCUGCCAAAUACAAUCCCGUCAUAUUAUACGCAGCAGGGGAAAAGAAAAUUGGAAAAAAUACAUUAUAUGCAAUGGUGCAGUGUGUAGAACUAACGUUAGAUUGUAAAACUUGUUUGGCAUGGAGUAUCACAAAAAUUUUCAUGAACAGCGACAUUAAACAAGGAGGGAGAGUUUUUGGUAUGAACUGUGAGAUAAGAUAUGAGCUAUACCCUUUUUUAAGGAGUUAAGUAUUUAUGUGGUGGUGAUUGAUACAUCUUAUUCAUAUCUAAUUAUGUUUUAGUUUUGCUUACUUUUUCAUUUUGCUGAAAUAUAAUAUUCAUAUAUUAAUAAAAAGAGUGUUUACAGAAA